AGUUGGCGAAUAGGAACCAGUAGUUGAACAGCUCAGAUUGAAGAUGAUUCGCAAAUGUGUUUUGGUGGCUGUUGUCGGGAUUUUGGGAUGCAACUCGGUGUCGGCCUUCAGUCCUUGUACUCCGAUGAAGUUGGCUGGCAAUUCCGUCCCCAAGAUCGCUCGGUGUGCUAGGCCCUCUUCCUUGACGUUGAAGGCGAAAGAGAACUCUAAGAUGGAAAAGUUUGUCCAGAGCUCGAAGACCCUUGCUCUCAGUUUGGCUCUCGCGUUCGGAGUGGCUUGUCCUCGCAAGUCGAAUGCUCAGUAUGCAAUCAGUGCAGAUGGAACCUUCUAUGAGCAGGUUGCUACCAAGGAAUCCCCUGACUUUAUUCGCGGUGGAUUCUCCGCUGCAGCUGCUAUAACAACCUUCGGAUCCAUCACUGCUUAUGUGCUAAAGAAGGAGAAGCAGGAACUUGAUGAGUAUGCGGAGCAGUACGAGCAGGAAUUGGGCAGGUUGGAGAAUUUCAAGCAGGAGUUUCUUGAUGGUGUUCCCUCGGACAACUCGCUCAUGGCUUCAUUGAACAAGGCGAUCAGAGGAGAGACCAACAAAGAAGAAGAAGAGGACGAGUUUGAGAAGAACGUUAGGCUGUUCAUGGAGGAGGAGCAGAAGAAGGAGGAAGAUAAGAAGAACAAUGGUGCAGGAUAUGCCAAGCAGGGUGGGGCGACUCUGCUUGAGAGACCUUCCGAUCCCAAUGGCAACGAGAGCGAGGAGUGGAUGAAGGACGUUGUGUUUGAGGACAAACCCGCUGCGAUCGAUGAGGAACAAUUGAAGGCUCUACAGCGCAUGUUUGGGGGAAGCGAUAGCAGCAAGUGAAAUGUUUGCACGUUGGUUCCAUGCUGAUGUAUAAAUAGUAAAUAGAUUUAGUUCCUUGCUUGCUUUUAAUUGUCGAAUAAAUACAAACGCUUUG